CUGAGUUAUAUACUCUCGUUGAAUUAAACUAACACUAAAAAAAUAUUUGCAAAUUUUACACAUUUUCGUCCUCAUUGCGUAAUCGGAAGUGUUCGUAAAAAAUGGGGCGCCAUAAGGAUUUAUCUGCGAAGGCAAUGGUAGUUAAAUUGGUCAAUUACUUCAAAAAUGAAAAGAAAUUAUUUCGGAAGCGAUCCGCAGAAGCCUCGUGGAACAUUGCCAAGCGUUUCCGUCAAAGGGCUAUUGAUGCUCUAAAUAUAUCGGCUGCAACCGUUACUAGAUGUCUUGCAGAAAACCGAGAAACCGGAAAAUCUAUCUCACCACGAAAACAAGGAAAUAGUGGACGAAAAGGAAUUAUUGUAGAUAGCUUCACGGAGGGUGUCAUCAGGCGUAAGAUUUUAGAGGGGUACACCCAAAAAAAGUUUUAUACUGUCAAACGUCUCUAUGAAGUACUACAAGAAGACCCGAAUUUCCCUAAGUUCAAGAGCUAUAGGACUUUGCACAAAAUUAUGAGGAAACAGUUAAAAUUCAAAUUCGUAAAAUUUCAUUCAAAGCCCAUUCCAUUUGAGAGGCACGACGUGCAAGUGGCACGUCACUCAUUUUUAAGGAGCAUACGGAAGUUACGAAGGGAAAAUUACAACACGAGACCUGGGCUAAUGAGAACCAGUCCCCCUCCAAAGGAUGGCAUUUGCAGGAUUGCGAGGUCCUCGGGGUGGGAAACAAUGCUACUCAUGUUGAUCAAUGGCUCAAAGGUGUUGGCCGCAGAUUCGCCGAUAAGCUAA